AUGGCUGCCGCAGAUAUGAAUACCCUCGAAACUACCUCCCCCUGAUCUAAUUCGCUGCUUUUCCUUGUUGGCGAUGGCAGAUUCGGUUCAUACUGCUGCAGAACAGGCAGGGGAAGACCCGUCUCGCGAAAUACUACGUGCCACUCGAGGACUCCGAGAAGCACAAGCUCGAGUACGAAGUAUGGAUCCUUCCUCCCGCUCUCGUCUUCUUCCCUCGUCCUCUCCCUCUUUCCGUCUAAAUCAGACGACGGAUCUUAGGCGCUAUUGAUGCUUUUGAUGAUCUGGAUAGUUUUGGCUUUGUUUCCACAGGUUCACCGCCUGGUGGUCAACAGGGAUCCAAAAUUCACCAAUUUUGUCGAGGUGGGUCUGCCAUGAGGCGAUCGGAGCCCGCAUUCUGGUUAACCUUUCCCUUCUUCAUCAGAUCUACUACCCUUUUCUUAUUUAACCUGCCGCUGGUUUCACGGCUCCUCGCCCAAUUGUUUCAUGUCGAUCGAAUGCCCGUUUCAUCCUUUCCUCGCUUUUUGGGGCGAUGAGUUUCCUCUAGGUCUAGCUUCACACGCUUAAAUAGAAAGAUUCAAGUUCAGUAUGCGCAGAGGAAGAACUGCCUAGUAUCUUUAAUGGCAUCUCGAGGAAGAAUCGGUCACAUCCAAUUUUAAAAUUACGGAUGAACAAUUUCAGAGUGAAGAUGGUUUUUUGUGGUCUCUACAGUCGGCAGAUGCCAAUUGAAAGCUAUAGAUUGGAAAAGGAAUUUGGGAUUCUGGUCAGGAGAUUAUUUUUCUUUAGAAUCUCUGUGUUGAGUUUUUUUUCCCCAGACUAGAUUCUCUCCCUCAAAAGGAUUAACGAGUUUUCUAUCAGAUGAUGGGAUGGAAGACAUGGAUUUUUGUGACUGGAUGCGUAUGAUCAUCUUUAAUGUAUGCUCGUUGACAUAUGAUCGUGUGAUUACCAUCUGUUUCAAUAGAAAAAGCCCUAAUAUUUUCCUCAAGUUUGGGAUUCUGGGGAGGAGGCACCUGCAACUUUUGCUUCCAAGAGGAAAAACUUCGCCGCCAUUUAUUUCGUUAUCCGUCUCUACCCAACGUUUGUUAUGAUUUUAAAAAACUACUUGAGAUCUCCUCCAGCUUGUUCUUGCUGAUGCAUGUAAAUGGUCUGAUUCAUUUGAGGCGAUUGCAUGUGUUCUUGCAGUUUCGCACCCAUAAGAUCAUCUACAGGAGAUAUGCAGGCUUGUUUUUCUCCAUGUGCGUUGACAUCACAGAUAAUGAGCUAGCAUAUCUGGAGUGCAUCCAUCUAUUCGUGGAGAUACUGGACCAUUUCUUCAGCAAUGUGUGUGAACUCGAUCUGGUGUUCAAUUUUCAGAAGGUACAUAUGGUUCUCUGCGUUAAUGACUUAGAGAAACAUGCUUAAUCUUCUUACAUGUUGGUCAGAUCUAUCUAUGGAAAGUAUUGUCGAUCUUUCGUCUGAAGUUGCAAGAUAAAAUUAAAAGAAAAAUCUUUGUAUUUUAAUGGCAGUUUCAUAAUUACUUGAACGACCUCAAAUCAAGACAAUACUGCCCCAGAGCAACCUGAGCUUAGGGUUCUCAUGCAGCUACAGGUCUCCCAACCUCUAGCUCCAAGGCACCACCCAGUCUGCGAAUUUUUCUAAGCUUUCUCAUGAGGAUAGCUCAUGAUCUUGCCACGCACUGCUGCUUUCCACAUCUCUGUGUGGGGGACUGUAUUGUCUAAAAAUCUCGGUUUUGGACUACGACCUUGUCCAUGCAUUGCCCUUGGAACGUUUGGUCAACAGGAGAGAUAAGCUUUGAUGAAUCGAGUCAGAUGCGUGAUCCUUAGAGCAGUUGAAUUGAGGUUGUUGUCUGAUUUGGUUGCGGCUUUAACACGCAUGGGAGCCAUGAGGUUAGGCUGCUCUUAGUCUGCUUUCAUUUUAAACAUAUAUCCCACUCUCCACGACCAAUGCAAAAUCGACCGCCCACAAGAGAAUAUUUCUUCUAGAAGGGAAUACAAGAAUGUGGAAGAUCAAUCAUUUUCAGAGGAUUAUUAGAAUUAAAAGCGCCGGUACUGGAAUGGUUUUCUAGUAAAUAUAUUUAUAGAAAAAUAUCAGAUUUCCUCCAAUUUCAGACAACUUUUUUGAAUUGAAUUUUUCUUCCUACGUUUUCUGCUCUGUUUCUUAUCAUGUUCCACUUGUUAAUGAUCCCAUACCUUUUUUUUGCAUAAAAUAUUAUCUUACUGUGUUCUAAAAACUGUCUUAUGGAGCGCCGACAAAAGUAGCUAAUUAAUAAACGUUCGCAAGAAAUAUAACGUUUUAUAUUAUUGGAACCACAAUCGAUCGUUCUUAUUGGGUAGUCAUCUAGAAACUUAUGGCUUACCUCAUUUGGUUUCUUCAAUCCAGCAGCAGUGCUUAUCAAUUACGCCAACAAGUGACUCUGUUCAUGCCUGCUCGUCAUUACUGUCUGAGUCCAGUUUGGCAUUUCUCAAUUUUUACUGAAUUUUUUUCGUUUAUGUGAUGAUAAAAUGGAAAUAGGACAGAAAAAUUAAAAAUCAUGCCCAAUGGAAUUACGGUUUCCUUACGGGCGUUAAUAUUUUAUAUAAAUCGCUACAAAAGGAAGGAUUACGUUGCAAUUCUCGAUUAAAGGACUAGACUGCCCUUGUUUCCUUGGUAAUAGUUAAUUAUAGCAUCUAUUUUGCUUGUUCUUUAGGAUUUUCAUCUGUACUUCUACGAUCAAGGCUGAGGACUUUCUCUUCUUAGUCUGAAGAAAGGAUCAGAGUUGGGCCCAAACCUGGCAUAAUAGGGUUGAAUCAGAUUAGCCAGGUACAGCUUAAUUAGAUAUGCUUGGAUCGAGCAGGAGGAAGUGGAGAAUAUGCGAGCCUGGAAUUGGCCAAUAAAAUGGCAACUGCUUCAUUUUUUGUUGGUUCUGAUGGGGACGGAGAGGAAGAAUUAGAAAUAUAUCUGGGAUCAGUUUUUGUGAUAAGUUUAUGAGUAUAUAAUAAUUAUUUUCUGCAGCAUGCUUUCUAUUAUUUAUAAUCUUAUCAUGCUUCUGAUUUCCCAUUUUUCUCAUCUCACUUGUUUCCUUGUGAGAUUUAAAUUGGUUCUACAAUUAUUCUCUUUUCCUGUAUUUUUCCAUUCGGGUUGAUCCUAAUUCAGAUUAGAAUUAGGAUGUGACUGAUUUCCCCAACCAUCCAGAUUUUCUUGCCAUUCAACAGGAUGUUGCAUCCCAUUUGGAUCCAAUCUCUUCCUGUUCUCCCCUCCUAACCCUCAAUUAGCCCGUCCAAUCCUAAACGGAAUCUCUUCCCUUUUUCAUUUGCUCUGAUGACAGACAUCUCGAAAUGAUGUUAGAACCCCUGUUAACAUACUCUUUUUGGUAAGUCCAUGUGACAUGCUCAAGUUCUAACCUUCUCACUUUGACACUCCUCUUUCUUCAACCAACAAUAUUUUACGACCCGCUGAAUCUGGAUUCUACAAUGUUACUCUUGUUUUGGUUUUUCUGGAGGUCCAUAAAUUUUCCUAAAGAGGAAAAUAAAUACCAGCCUGCUGAUUAUCCCUUAAGUCUCUCUUCAGAGUCAUUCUUAUUAUGUACUGGAAUGCAUGUUGAUCAGGCAGAAUUUAAAAUUUAGAUUUAUUAUAGUUUUUCAUGUUUGACCAAAUAAAACCCCUGCAUGAUUGCCACACUCUUUCAGGUUUCUACCACGAUUUGACCUCAUUGCAACCAUGUUAAAAAAAAUUCAUGGAAUAUGUGUUCUUGAUUCACGUCAUGUUGUGGAGACUCCUUUACAAUGUCAUAGAAAUCUACCAUCCGUAGUUAUUUUUCGUAUGGUUUUGACUGCAUGUCUUCGUAUGAAUGCAGGUUUAUCUGAUUCUUGAUGAAUUCAUCCUUGCUGGGGAGCUUCAAGAGACAAGCAAGAAGGUACGUCUACUUGUCCCAUGGAUUCCCCCGGAUGCUCAUAUAAUCAGAAGAUUAAGAUCCUUGACGACUUUGCAGGCGAUUAUUGAGAGAAUGGGCGAGCUGGAGAAGCAAGAGUGA